UUUAUUGCCAAUAUGCGCGCGCGUUUUAUUAUCUAUAUAAAUAUAUAUAAUGCAUUAAAAAAAAAACGAUAGUUAUACCUACAUAUAACAAAAUAAUGAAUUUAUUUCCUGAUGCGAUGAAAAUUUUGUCACAUUCCGCAAAAUUUGCGGACUGUCAAUAACAGUGUCUCUCUCGUUUCUUUUUUUUUUUUUCUUUCUUUUUGAUGAAAAAAAAAAAUCAUCGUUGUGAACGGGCAUUAUUAUUAAAAAUAAAAUCCACUAUAAUAAUAAUAAUAAUAAGUGAAAAAUAUAAAUGUGUUUUUAAUUAGUGUUUUUUGUGGAAUGAUCGAUAAUAUUAUGAGAAAAAAAAUAGAAAUUAUUAUUUUUUCAUUACGAUAAUAUAAAAUAACAGUUAUAUAAAAAGAAAAUUUUUAAUUUGUGCCCAAUUUUGAAAGACAGAAAAAAAAAUAAGUAAAAAUGACGACGAGUUUGAGAAUGGUUGUGACGAAAUUUCGUAGUGUAACGAAAAAUUAUCCCGUGGCAAGGGGUAUGGCAUCGUACGUUGUCAUUUGGCCAGUGGCAAGUUUAAUACAACAAAAAAUUACAGGCAAAGAAAAAUUGGAUUACAUUCAAGCAUUGAGAUUUAGUAUUUAUGGUGGAUUUUUUGUUGCACCAACACUUUAUGCAUGGUUAAAAGUUGCCAGCCGACUUUGGCCCAGAGCUGAUCUCAAAUCUGCACUUACCAAAGCUUUAGUGGAACAAGUUACUUAUGGGCCAUCGGCAAUGUGUUGCUUCUUCUUUGGAAUAAGUUUACUUGAAUUUAAACCAAUUUCCGAGUGUGUCGAUCAAGUCAAGGAAAAAUUUUGGCCUACUUAUAAGAUUGGAGUUUGUGUUUGGCCGAUAUUACAGACAAUUAAUUUUCUCCUUGUACCGGAAAAAAAUCGUGUUGUCUACGUGAGCAUUUGCAGUUUAAUGUGGACUUCAUUUCUCGCUUAUAUGAAAUCCCGGGAAACAAGGAGACUACAAAAUGUACCUGUUGAAAUGAAAGUAGAGGCCAUUGUUGAUAGUAAAGAUAAAACAAAAAUGGAUAAAACAAAUUGGUUAUCUGUUUUUCAUUAAUAAUUGUUCGUAUUAGGAAAAGAAAAAAAAAUUAUAUAUAUAUAUAUAUAUUAUCUAUACGAGACGCGUCCUCUAUAAAAUUAUGUAUUUUUGUUACGUAAGUAUAUUUUAUUUUUUAUUUUAUUUAUUUUAAUUAUUAAAUAAUUAUGAUAUUCGAUUUUUUCUGUGAAAAUCAAAAAUUUAUUAUUUCAAAUUUUACAGUAAAUGAGCCAAAAAAAAAAAAAUUUUUUUAUUUGAAUUUCGCGCUACUUUUUUUUAAAAAACAAAUGUUUGGAAUCUACUUUAUCGACAGUUCAUAGAAUUGAAACUUAAGCGCAAAUUUUGUUCCAGGUGUUUCUAUGAAUUGUCGAUAAAGUAGAUCCAGAUGGCGUUACUGUAGAAUUUUGUUUGAAAAAAAAUUGCGCGCGAAAUUCAAAUUUAUUUAUUUAUUAUACAAAUUAUUUCAUGAAUUUUUUUUUUUUU